AUGGAUGCAUCAUUGCCUCAGCACAUUGCGGAUCUCUUUCUGAAUCCUCAGGUUAAUCGGUUCAAGGACGCUUUCGCAAGGAUGAUUGACCCUCAUGAAGAUCCGAACUUCGCGCUACAAGUCACAAGGCGUAUGGACAAAGAAUUCUCGGAAGAGGUCCUCGACCUUGAAAAGAAACCGCCUGGCUCUCAAUGUGUCGGCCCCACAGCGCGAAUGCUGCUCGGCGCCGGUUUGAUACACGCGGCCAUCGCGAUAUCAAGGCAGGAUUGGCCGCCAACCAGGCCCUACAAAGAAAGAAUCAUGACUCAGUACUACUCUCUAAGUGCACUUCGCAACCUGACCCGGACCGGUAGCAAUUCUGAACGGCGACGGCUUCGGGAUGACAUGUUAAGGGAAGACAUAGUGGAGCUAUGUCUGCAGCACUUGCGACGUCGUCUGUGCAUCAUGCACAAAAUUGUCGUCGAUCUUCUACGAACACUAGGAACUGAUGGUUUCCUUGUUGAAAAUCUAUCCUCAUCGUUGGCUGCUGACAUUAUUGAGGCUAUUUGCCUCUAUGCACUCGCGGGGCCAAACCAUGUCGUUUCUCAGAUGCUUGAUCCAGUGGCAUCAUGGCAAAUUUUGGUCUUUCCCUAUGUAGCUAGCGAGAUACCUGGAGAUGAGGCGGCAAAAUUUGCGCCUGUGUACUAUCAUGCGUCCCAAAACUCUGCAACUGAGGCCGUGUACGUCCUAAUGAGCACGAUUCCAUCUCGGUCGAAUACAUACCGUGGCGAAAUUCUGAAGAAGAAACCGCAAAUUAUCGAUCUUCUUCUUGACUGUGCGGUUAUCGAUCGAUAUCCUGGCAACCCAUCGGCGGGGUGUUGCCUACAUGCAUGCAAUUCGCUGGCCAUUUUUCUUCAAUGGCCAAUUCAGGUCGUUCCCGGGAUACCGACACUCCCGAAUGCAAACUUCAAGGCAGGACAAUGGAAGCCGAUGCUGCAUAUCAUGACAACUCUUACAUCUCGCUCAGAUUGGGCCGAGAAGUUGGCUGAGGUAUGGAUGCACGUCCAAGAAGAAGACAUGGCGUUAGCUCAAAGCUAUGUUGAGAAGUCAGCAAACGCAAAUCAGGAUCAGCGACUCCCAACGAGCGGUCAACUAAUUGAGUCCAUCCGCAUAUGUCGCGGCACUAUUCGCAUUAUGGUGCUUAGACUAUUAGCGACGCUCACACACGCAGCGGAAUCGUGCGGGAUAACGAAUGCUCAGAUAGAGUCUUUCCUCCACAUUGCUUACUAUGCUUGCGACAAAGCCAAUUCCGCAGAACUAUGCACUUCGAGUCAGGAAACUCUCGAAGCCUUGGAGUACGGUGCGGAGUUCUUUGUAUUCGACGGAUUUGGCCAACCGUUCGGAGUCGCACGCCAAAACGUCCUCGGGCCUACUGCACUCGUUCGCUUGCUAGUGGUACUCGCUCAGUAA